AUGGCUCACACGUUCUUUAACGACACAGCAAAGAUGGACUACGAUAAUUACGGUGACGGUGGUUUCAGCGCCGAUGCUCAGUAUUCUGACUAUAAUAACUCUCAGCGUCAACAAGUUAGGAAUUCUCUAAGUCCUGUUACUAUUAAGGAGAUCAAUGACGCUACCCAGCCUAUCCCAGAUGGUGAGUUCGUGAUCAAUAACGUGUCUUUGAACAUGGUUUCUUUCGUUGGCGUCAUUAGAAGGGUUGAGAACAGUGGAAGUGCCAUUAAUAUUACCGUGGAAGAUGGAACUGGGUCUUUGGAGGUGAGGAGGUGGAUUGAUGAGAAGAUCGCCACUGCUGCAGAAGAAGCAGAGAAGUUCAUGGGUUUGGAAAACAAGUACGUCUACAUCACAGGCGCCUUGAAGGAGUUUAACCUGAAAAAGAGUAUCCAACAUGCCACUAUUCGUGAGAUCACAGACCAUAACGAGAUUGCUUACCACAUGCUAUACGCGAUUUCAAAUCACUUGGAGGCUCAAGGUAUCCUAGGCAAGAGUGGCUUGCCAAAGAAGGAGGAAAAUGGCCUCUUUGUACAAGAUCACGAGAAUGGUACGAACGGUACGAACGGUACAUCAGAUGUUACUAGGAAGAUCGAAACAGUGAUUCAGGAUAACACUGGUUCCAUGCAAGAAGGUGUUCCAAUAUCAUGGAUCAGUGAGAAAUUAGGCGUUUCCAUUGAUGUGGUGAGAGAAAAAUGCCAACACUUGUCUGAGCAGGGAAAGAUCUAUCAGGGUUACGAUGAGGGUUCGUUUUUGAGUGUAUAA